GUAUACUCAAUGAGCGGGAGAGACAUGUCGUUGUUCCGCGGCACGUUUUAAAAGGGGACGACGAUCUCCUUCCCCCCUUUUCGCUUUGCGAUUUCGUAGUUUUAAGGGUGCAGUAUCACCGAUCAACCGCCCUCCAUGGAUAUAAUCGUGGAAGAGCUGGAGUUUUUAAACGACUUCCAGAUGGAUUCCAUUUACAAAGCAGAAAAUAUCGAGUGUGGCGAACGCGUGGUCAACGAAUCGGAGGAAAACGUAUUCGACAACCCCUGGACGUACAUCUCGUGUUUCUACGGACCCCAGACGCAGGAGUUGCCUAUUGCCAUUUUUAUUACCGUUAUCAACGUGAUCAUAUUCAUCACGGGUUUACUCGGAAAUAUAGCGGUAUGCAUCGUGAUCUUUAAGCAGCCCACACUUCAUUCUGCCACCAACUACUACCUGUUUAACUUGGCAGUGUCCGACGUCACCCUGCUGAUAUUCGGGUUACCAAACGACGUGAUGAUGUACUGGCACCAAUACCCGUGGUAUUUGGGCGAGGCGUUCUGCAAAUUCCGCGCCCUUAUCUCCGAAACUGCUUCGUACGUGUCGGUCCUGACGAUAGUGGCGUUCUCUACCGAGCGUUACAUCGCUAUCUGCUACCCCCUACAUCGGAGGGCAGUUUCGGGACUUCAAAGGGCAAUCUGGAUCAUAACGGGACUGUGGAUAGUGUCCUUUUUCAGCGCAAUCCCAUUCGCUAUCAGCACGGUGGUCCACUUUCUAGACUAUCCGAUACACUCAAAGCAAUUCAUAGAGGAGUCGGCGAUGUGCGCCAUGACCUCGCAGCCUGCUAACAUCCCACUCACGGAGAUGAGCACGAUUAUCUUCUUCGUUAUACCACUGCUGAUCAUAAUGGUUCAGUACACCAACAUGGGCAUCACUAUAUGGCGUACAGCAGAGACCAACUUCGGUAAUAAGCUAAAAGGAUCGGUGCAUCGGAAAAACCGCAGACUCCAGUCGAACAAAAGCAUCAUCAGGAUGCUGUCGUUCGUGGUGUUGGGCUUCUUCGUUUGCUGGGCCCCAUUUCACGCCCAACGUGUGCUGUCAGUCUACAUGGGCGAUGACGAUGACUCCAACGAAAUCAAAUACUGGGUAUUCCUGAUCACAGGCGUCUUUUAUUACUUCUCGUCUACUCUGAACCCGAUCCUAUACAACGUCAUGUCCGAUCGCAUGCGCAACGCGUUCAAAGAGGUCUUCUUCGGCAUCAAACAGAAGAAACCAUCAACUUACUCCACCUUCAGGGAGACGAGCCACACCACCAUAUCGGUGCAGCACCCAGCACCCAUUUGCAAUCUAUGCAACGACGACGACCUGUACUUGAACAAGGACAGUGCUCUACUGUUCGCUGACAACUCUAGCAAGAGGGGCUCCUAUCAGAAAUGUAGCAAGAAGCACGCCGACUUUUUAAAUGCCAAACAGGAUGAGACCUGCGUCUAAGUGUCUAGAUUUCCGAUAUAAAAUCGAUUGAUGUUUAUACCACUGAACCGCACAAACAACAUUUGACCAUAGGACGAACCUAACAAAUCGAUAAUCUGUCAGGAAAAACUUAAAACUCUAUUAACGAUAGGGCAAUGAGGCUCUGGAACGCGUGCUGAUUGGCGCUGACGUCAACGCAGAUAUGAGUUUGUCCCCGACCGUUCUUGCGCUUUUUGUUUUUUUUUUUACGACCUAUGGUCCAAUGGUUAAAGCGAAUAAGAUCUCUCUACGAGAACGGUGUACUGAUAAUAUCAAAGUGAACCGGAUUCGAGUAGCGAAACGGACGCCUAUCGCUUAUCGACUUCUUUCUCUGAUGUUCAUUCGAUGUCUCUUCUUCGUCGUGCCAAAAAAAAAAUGAAUUGUGAUCUUUUUAGUGAUG